UUAAACACAUUGAAGCCACAUAAAAAGUUCCAAAUUUCAAGUGAGAGGGAAUUCGGAGAUCAGAUGGAUGGAUUACAGCAAAUAGGGCUCCCGGUGCUCGGAAUCGUAGCAGCUGCUGCCGUUACUUUCUAUGUCGUCAGCUUCUCCGAGCUUCGAGAGAAAUCGUUGAACAGAGAUUGGGAUGACGAUGGAUCUGAAAACAGAGGAUUUAAAACGUCUUUGAGCUCUAGAGAAAGAAGAACCAGAAGAAAAGCACAGAAACAGAGUAAUAAACCCUAGUUGUUUUCACUGCUUUAAUUUCAAUGCUAAUUCCAAAAAGCUGCCAUUGCUACUCCCAUUGUUGUUCUGGAACGCAUUUUUAGUGUUUAUCUUGCUUCUAUAAGAUGAAUUCUGACUGAAAUUCGAAGCAAA